UUUUUCGUUUGAAACCAAACAAUCUGCCAUUUCAUCUAAUCUUUUCUCUUUUACUUCUUUCUUCUGUUGUCUCUUUAAACACUUUCAUUAUUGUAAAUCAAGCAGGCAUUCAGCCGAAAACACCGCCCUUUUUUAAUCACACACACACACUCCACACAAGCUACAGCAACCAUGUCCAAGGCUUUCAAUGUUGUCGUACUCCCCGGAGACGGCGUCGGCCCAGAGGUCACUGCUGAGGCCAUCAAGGUUCUCAACGCCGUCACGAGCGUCCGCGCUCGCGCCAACGGCGCCAAGAUCAAGUUCAACGAGCACAAGUUCGGCGGCUGCGCCAUCGACGCCACCGGGUCACCGUUCCCCGACGUGACGCGCGCGGCCUGCGAGAGUGCCGACGCAAUCCUUCUCGGCGCUGUCGGCGGCCCACAGUGGCCGCGGCCGAUCGACGCACAGGAUCCGUCCAAGGGCCUCGGCCCUCGGCCCGAGCAGGGCCUCCUCGAUCUGCGGAAAAAGCUUGAUCUGUUCGCCAACAUCCGGCCCAUGACAUUCCCUGCCAGCACUUUGACGAGCUGCUCACCGCUCAAGGAAGAGCUUGUGCGCGACGCUGAGUUUGUCGUUGUGCGCGAGCUGGUCGGCGGCAUCUACUUUGGCAAGCGCGGUGAGGAGGACGCCGAGGGCAAGGCAUUCGACACAAUGGAGUACUCCGUGCCCGAGGUCGAGCGCAUUGCGCGUCUGGCUGGUGUGCUGGCGUCGCGGGCGCGGCCGUCCUUGACAAUCCACUCUAUUGACAAGGCCAACGUGCUGGCCACGUCGCGCCUCUGGCGCCGCGUAGUGACCGACGUCAUUACCCGUGAGUUUCCCAGCGUCAAGCUCGAGCACCACUUGGUCGACUCGGCAUCGAUGCUGAUGAUCAAGAACCCGCGCGCGCUCAACGGCAUUGUGCUGACCGAGAACAUGUUCGGUGAUAUUCUGUCGGAUGAGGCAUCAGUCAUCCCCGGCUCGUUGGGCCUCCUGCCGUCGGCGUCGCUCAACAGUGUGCCUUCAGCCAGCUCGCCCAGCCGUGGCGUGUACGAGCCCAUCCACGGAUCGGCGCCCGACAUUGCCGGCCAGGGCAUUGCCAACCCCGUCGGCACCAUCCUCAGUGCCGCCAUGAUGCUGCGUUAUUCUCUGAACAUGGAGCGUGAGGCCAACAUCAUUGAGCUGGCCGUGCGCCGCGUGCUCGACAGCAGUGAGCUCAACGGCUGGGGCAUCCGCACUAAGGACCUGGGCGGUUCGGCGUCGACCUCCGAGAUCGGUGACGCUAUCGUGCGCGCCGUCAUCCCCUACGCCGAGGGCCUCAACGUUGAGGACCGCAGCGCGCCCGUGGCAACUCUGUCCGAGCGUCCGUCUGGCCGUCGCGGCAUGACCUUCUGCGAGAAGAUUAUCGCACACCACGCCAUUGGCCUCGCGGCGCCCGGCGACGUCAAGCCCGGAGACAUGGUCUGCGUGGGUGUCGACUGGACGAUCGCAUCCGAGCUGACUUGGAAGGGCAUGGACAAGACGUACAACGCCAUGGGCCGCCCCGGCGUUAACCGCAACGAUCGCUUCUGGCUGGCCGUCGACCACACCGUCGACCCACGCAUCAUGGAUCAGGCCAAGCCCAAGGAGCUUGUGUCGACUUCCGAGCUGUUUGCUGAGGAGGCGCACCUGAUCGACUUCUACCGCCCCAACUACACCAUCCUACACACUGAGUUCUACCGCGAGCGUGCGCAGCCUGGUCAGCUUGUCAUCGGUGCCGACUCGCACACGUGCUCGGCCGGAGCCGUCGGCGCCCUGUCGAUUGGUAUGGGUGCCGCUGACGUUGUCAUGCCCCUGGUCACCGGUGAGACGUGGCUGCAGGUGCCUGAGACCGUCGAGAUCCGCUUCGUCAACGCGCCCCCCUUUGGCAUUGGCGGCAAGGAUAUCAUCCUCGACGUCCUGCGCCAGCUCAAGCGCAACACUGUCGCGUUUGAGCGCGCCGUCGAGUACACCGGCCCGGGCCUCAAGUACAUGAGCUGCGAUGCGCGCUUCGCCUGUGCCAACAUGGCCACCGAGUUUGGCGGUAUUGCUGGCGUCUUCGAGGGUGACGAGAUCACUGCUGCAUACAUCUCCAAGCGCAAGAGCCCCGAGUACAAGAAACACUCGCUCUACUUCAAGGCCGACGAGGACGCCGAGUACGCCGAGUCGCACAUUAUCGACCUGUCGCAGAUCGACUCCUUGGUCGCGCUGCACCCCAGCCCUGACAACGUCGUCCAUGUUGACGAGGUCAAGAUGGACCUCGACGGCUGCUUCAUCGGUGCCUGCACGACCGCUGAGGAGGACCUUAUCCUCGCCGGCCUGGUGCUUGAGGCUGGUCUCAAGAACGGUAUGGUGCCGAUCAAGGGCGGCAACCGCCGCGUCACCCCCGGCUCUGUGCCGAUCCUGGCCAAGCUGCGCCGCCUGGGCCUGGUCGACGUCUACCAGCGCGCUGGCUUCACCGUUGGUGCCCCCGGCUGCUCGUACUGCCUGGGCAUUGCCGCUGACGUCGCUGGUGACGGUGAGGUCUGGCUCAGCUCGCAGAACCGUAACUUCAAGAACCGCAUGGGCCCCGGCUCGAUCGCCAACCUGGCGUCUGCAGCCACCGUCGCUGCGUCGUCGUUCAACAUGAAGGUCACCAACCCCCGCGAGCUGCUGGACCUCAUUGACCGCGAGCGCUACAACCGCGUGAUUGACAUCUGGAUGGACAAGGGCGAGGAGGUCACCAUCACCGAGCCCAACCCCACACUCGAGGAGACCCGUGGCGAGACCAUUGCGUCGCGCAACACUGAGGGCAGCGCCGGCCCCGAGUCGUCCAAGGACAGCGCCGAGCACCCUGUCGACAAGAGCACCUUUAUCUCCGGCAAGGUGCAGCGCUUUGAGGACAACAUUGACACUGACGCCAUCAUCCCGGCGCAGUUCAUGCCCGGUGUGUCCGACGAGGACCUCGGCACGCACGCCUUCCAGUACUUCCGCCCCGAGUUCCGCGAGAGAGCCGCGCAGGGCUUCGACAUUGUUGUUGCUGGCAGCGGCUUCGGCUCGGGCUCGUCUCGCGAGGAGGCGCCGCGCGCGCUCAAGGGCGCCGGCAUCAAGGCCGUCAUUGCCAAGUCGUACGCUUUCAUCUACUCGCGCAACCAGCCCAACAUGGCGCUGCUUGGCAUUGUGCUCAAGGACGAGAAGUUCUACGGACUUGCGCAGGAGGGUGCCGAGGUGUCCAUUGACCUGCCCAACCGCAAGAUUCACUGUGCCGGCCACACCUUCCCCUUCAACCUGUCGACCAUGGAGGAGCGCCUGAUCCUGGGCGGCGGUGUCACCGAGAUGUACAAGAAGUACGGCAACCUGCUCUUCCGCGCUGCCAUUGCUGCUGAUCCCGAGGCCGUCCUCAAGAACGCCGGCGGAUCCUGCGGCAAGCCCAAGACGGCGUGCGGCGACGCCGAUACCCAGCAGCUGGCCUGGUAAUCAAAAGAUUAAAAAUCAGCUGUUCUUUUAUUCUAUCCUUCUUUUAUGUUCCAAAAUUUCAUGCUUUUUUCAUUUUCA